AUGGGGGAGACUGCUGACUUGACAGUUGUCCAGAAGACAGUCAUUGACACCCCCCACAAGGAGGUCCAUCAGAGAGAGAUCAAAGCUGCAGGACGUUUGUUCCUCAGAACAGUUCGGUUUUGUCUGUGUUUUCAAACUGCAGAGGGUAACCGCAGUGUCUGUCCUCAGGUAAUCGAUGCCAUCUCCUUGGCGAUAUCCAGCUCCCCGGGCUGCAGCCUGCUGGACGUGGAUGCCGGCGCCUCCACGCACCGGACCGUCUUCACCUUCGUGGGCUCGCCGGACGCCGUCGUGCAGGGAGCGCUGAAUGCCGCCAGGACUGCCUUCAGCCUCAUCGACAUGACCAGACACUCAGGUGAGCACCCCCGCUCCGGAGCGCUGGACGUCUGUCCAUUCAUCCCGGUGCAGAAUGUCUCCAUGGACGACUGCGUUCGCUGCGCUGAGACCUUCGGAGAGAAGCUAGCUGAGAUGCUACAUGUCCCCGUGUAUCUGUACGGACAGGCGGCGAGGAAAGAAACGAGGACAAGUCUGCCGUCAGUCCGAGCUGGAGAGUACGAAGCUCUACCUGAGAAGUUGAAGAGUCCUGAUUGGUCGCCUGACUUUGGCCCUGCCCAGUUCGUGCCGUCAUGGGGCGCCACGGUAACUGGUGCUCGAAAGUUCCUGAUUGCGUUCAACGUGAACCUGAUCGCCACCAAGGAGCAGACUCAUCGCAUCGCCCUCGACCUCCGGGAGCAGGGCCGCGGCAAGGACCAGCCCGGCCGGCUGCAGAAGCUCCAAGCUCUGGGCUGGUUCCUGGAGGAGGAGAACCUGGCUCAGGUGUCCACCAACAUCCUGGACUUUCAGAGGACCCCCCUCCACACUGUUUACCUGGAGGUCUGCAGGGAGGCCCAGGAGCUGCAGCUGCCGGUGGUGGGCUCCCAGCUCGUGGGUCUGAUCCCCCUCAGAGCCGUCAUGGCCACCGCCGACUUCUUCAUCAACAGAGACAAACUGUUCAUCGUCGAGGAGGAGCACAAAGUCCGCCUGGUGAUCAGUAAACUCCGGCCGGACUCUCUCGGUCCGUUCAACCCCAAGGAGAGGAUCAUAGACUACGCCCGGUGGGGGGUCUGUUGUCCGCCGCCAUCCGCUGCUAUGGGCGCGGCGCUGGCCUGCAUGGUGGGUCAGAUGUCGUACGGGAAGCGUCAGUUCGAGAGUCUGGACGGCGUCAUGCGGAGACUCAUUCCCCCGUUUCACAGCGCCGCCGCUGAACUGCUGACCAUGGUGGACCGAGACGCCUCGGCCUUCAGCAGCUACAUGGCGGCGCUGAAGAUGCCGAAGAACUCCGAAGAGGAAAAACUAAAGAGGGCGGCGGCCCUGCAGGGCGGCCUGCAGCAGGCGGUCAGCGUGCCCUUGGCUCUGGCUGACAGGAUCAGCCUGCUCUGGCAGCCUCUGAAGGAGAUGGUCGUCCACGGGAACAUCGCCUGCAAGUCCGACGCUCAGGUGGCAGCUAAGGCUUUAGAGACGGCAGUUUUUGGAGCGUAUUACAACGUCAUCAUCAACCUGAGGGACGUCACCGACCAGGACUUCAAGACCACCACUGAGAAGCGCGCCGUGGCGUUGCUACAGGAAGCCACAGAAAGCGCCGCCGCUGUGUUGCUCGCCGCCGACAAUAGGAAGUGAUGUCACUUCCUGUUCUACAAUCUUACCGGAAAGCUGGGAGUGGAUCUCCUUCAGCUUCCUUUCUAAUUGACUUAAUUACAAAUACUUUUACUCAAAAUAAUGAAGUGAAUCUCAUAAACAGAGGAAUCAGAAGCUUACUAAGAAUAAAGUUCUAAAUCAUGA